AUGGGGUUUGGGAGUAAUGCAGUUCAAGCAGGGAGUUUGGAUGUGGACAAUUCAAAAGGCAGGAAGAACAAGGAAGGUGGUGGAAAGGAGAGAAAGUGGUGGUUUAGAUUUAGCCUCUUUGGGAGUUGCAUACCUUCAAGAUCAAAAGUUGAUAGCACCAUUAGUGGCACUAGUGCUCCUAAUAAUGGUGAAAAUGUCAAGUCAGUGAUAACUGAAUCAGAGCAAAACAAAUCUGCAUCUGAUAAAAUCACGAAGGAAGCAGCUCCUCCAGAGUCCUCUACAAUAACUAGUGAUGCUGAAAGUAACCCUUUGACUCCUAUACACAGUGAGGAGUUGAAGGUUGCUUCUUGCUUGAGAAAAUUCACAUUCAAUGGACUUAAGAUGGCAACUAGGAAUUUCAGACCAGAGAGUCUUCUUGGUGAGGGAGGGUUUGGUUGCGUCUUCAAGGGUUGGAUUGAAGAGAAGGGAACUGCACCUGUGAAACCAGGCACCGGGCUUACGGUUGCGGUUAAGACCCUCAACCACAAUGGACAUCAGGGUCACAAGGAGUGGCUUGCUGAGUUAAAUUAUCUUGGUGAUCUUGUCCAUCCUAAUCUUGUUAAACUGGUUGGUUUCUGUAUUGAAGAUGACCAAAGAUUACUGGUUUAUGAGUUUAUGCCCCGCGGCAGUUUGGAGAACCACCUCUUUAGAAGACCCCUGCCUCUUCCUUGGUCUAUCAGAAUGAAAAUUGCACUUGGUGCUGCAAACGGUCUUGCGUUUCUCCACGAAGAGGCUCAAAGACCCAUAAUAUAUCGUGAUUUCAAAACAUCUAAUAUACUAUUAGAUGCGGAAUACAAUGCCAAGCUUUCUGAUUUUGGACUUGCCAAAGAUGGUCCUGAGGGGGAAAAGACACAUGUAUCGACAAGAGUUAUGGGAACAUAUGGUUAUGCUGCUCCAGAGUAUGUGAUGACUGGACAUUUGACAUCAAAAAGUGAUGUCUACAGCUUUGGAGUAGUGCUACUUGAAAUGCUCACCGGCCGAAGAUCUAUUGACAAGAAAAGACCAAAUGGGGAACACAAUCUAGUCGAGUGGGCAAGACCUGUACUUGGAAACCGGCGGAUGUUCUACAGGAUAAUUGACCCCCGCCUCGAUGGCCAUUUCUCGGUUAAAGGGGCACAAAAAGCUGUCCAGCUUGCUGCUCAGUGCCUGAGCCGUGAUCCAAAAUCCAGACCCUUGAUGAGUGAAGUUGUUCAAGCUUUAAAGCCUUUGCCAAGCCUCAAGGACAUGGCUAUCUCAUCUUAUCACUUCCAGAUUGCGCGAGUAGAUCGAACCAUGUCCAUGCCUAAUCAUAAAAAUGUCAUUAGAACACAGCUAGUAUCGGUGCCAAGGAAGGCUCAACCUGUAAGGACAUUGUCUAGUCCAAAUGUUCCACAUGGUUCUCCUCAUAUUCAAUAUACCAAGUCUCCAAAUCCUAUGGGUAAGAAUCACACUACACCAUCUUUAGUUCGAUGA